UCGUUKCAUAUUCUCAAUAUUUUGUCAAAUCAUCAAACGAUCAAACACCACUCGCUCUGUGUUGGUGUAUACUUUCUCAAUAUGAUGUAUAAGAUCUCUCUGGUGUUUUUGCUUCUCGUUCUCAUCUGGUCUCCGUUCGAAGACGGGGCCAAUGCGCUGUGGUUUCGUCGUCGUCGACGUCGUCGCAGRACCACAUACAUAGUUGGCCCGCCAGGUGUGCCAGGCCCUCGAGGGUUUCCUGGUCAACGUGGUCRGCCUGGAAAACAAGGACCACCUGGAGCCCCAGGUGCAAAAGGUUCUCACGGAACCACAGGAAGCCCAGGACCAAAAGGACCGCCAGGACCACGUGGAGCCCCAGGAGCUCCUGGCCGCCCCUCAGAAGGGUCCCCUCAAAAGCUAAGCUGYUAUUCUCGAACAGCCGAGCUGUCAAACCAGGUCACGUGUCAACGCGAUCAUCAAUUGGUGUCUUGCUCGUGUAUGAAUACAAAACCCAAAUGCACCAGUCAACUCUUGAUGAAGGGUCUCGCCUGUAGGUGCGCAUGCGCUCUAGCUAGGCCUAAUGUUGUUUGUUGUAAGCUCAAAUAGAAAAUUCAAGAAUGAAAAUAAAAACGAAAAGGAAAAAUAAAAAAUAUAUCGAUGUUAUCUUUUAA